CGGAGUUAUGUAAGUUUCUCCCUGGAAGAGGGCAGGCGGGCGAGAAGAAGAGAAAGAGAGGAGGGGGGAAGAGGAGGAGGAGGAGAAAAGAAAGCCAGGUGCCCCCCUCUUUCCCCCCGGUUGCUUCCUUCCUUCCUUCCUUCCUUCCUCCCUGGCCUUGGGAGAGUUCUCCUCCGCGUCCUCGUCUUCCUCCUCCUCCUCCCGCGCCAAACCCGCAUUAGGGGCGGGAUUCCCGUCCGCACGCUUUGCAAGAGAGAGAGAGAGAAGGGAAGGCCCUCGUUGUGAUCCUCAGAGGCUGGCUGCUGCUGUUUCCUUGGCCUGGGCUGCCUUGGCUGCACCAGUUGCAUUCUUGGCCCCCUGUUGGAGCUCGGCUGCAUCGGUUGCCUCCGGCCUUGGACGGGCCUUUCCUCCAGGAUGUCUUCCUCGGGGCAGACGUCACGCCGGCAGUGGUGCUACCUGUGCGACUUGCCCAAGAUGCCCUGGGCCAUGAUCUGGGACUUCAGCGAAGCCGUCUGCCGGGGCUGCGUCAACUUCGAAGGCGCCGACCGCAUCGAAUUCCUCAUCGAGACCGCCCGGCAGCUGAAGAGGAACCACGUCUUGCAGGAAGGCCGCUCGCCGGGGCCGCAAGGUGCCAAGCAUGCCAAGGACGGUGGAGGCGGUGCCGGCGGAAGCGGCAGUGGCAUGGCAUCCUUGGAAAGAUACGAGCGGGGUAGUGGGCGACUCUCCGGAGGCGAAUACGCCCUCAGCCCGCGCUUGCCCAACGGUUUGGCCCGCGGCUCCGGCUCCGACGAGGGCGAAGGAAGCCGGCAAAGUCCCACGGCACGCCGGGCACUGCUCGGCCCAGUGCCCCCCAAUUUGGUGCCGCAAGGGCUGAUGGCCGGACCCCAAGGUCUCUUAGCCGCCGUGUCCGGAUUGGGGGCUCGUCCGGGAAUCAUGGCGUCGCCGAUGCUAGGUGAUUUAGGCAAGCCGGCGAGGUUAGUGUACGGCGACUACGAGAAGGAGAAACAGCGCAACAGCGAGUGCCUGGCGGAGCUGAACGAGGCUAUGCGGGGCCGGGCAGAGGAGUGGCACGGCAAACCCAAGGCGGUGCGCGAGCGGCUGAUGGCGCUCUACGGCUGCGCCCCCUUCAACGUGCGCUUCAAGAAGGACCACUCACUCGUCGGAAGGAUCUUCGCCUUCGACGCCACUCCUCGGCCCAGCUACGAGUACGAGCUCAAGCUCUUCACCGAGUAUCCGUGCGGCUCCGGCAACGUCUACGCCGGCGUUUUAGGAGUGGCCAAGCAGAUGUUCCAGGAUUGCCUCAAGGAGCCCGGGAAAGUCAUCUCGUCGGGGUAUAAGUAUCUCGAAUACGAGAAGUGCCACGGCUCCAAUGAGUGGCGUCUCCUCGGCGAGCUGUUCACCGAAAACGUCCGGUUCUUCCGAGAGCCGCCCUCGGCAGAGACGAUGCCGCAGCAGUACCUCGACAGCAACUGCGCCAUGCCGCCCAGCCUCCUGCUCAGGGCCGUGCCGCCCUCGCGGGCCGUGAUGCGCAGGCGCAAAGCCUCUCCCGAGCCGGAAGGGGAGCUGUCCGGAAAAAUGACCGGCGAGGAGCAACAGCAGAGGCAGCACUGGUUGGCGCAAAGCUCGGCCGGCGGCAUGUAUCCCUCCGGCAUGGCACACUUGCCAACGUCGGCGGUGUCGGAGGGCUCAUUGCGCAACGACCCCUCACCCAUCACGGCUCUGAAGAACGUGGCUGACACCUUGGGGAAUAAAGAGGUCAAUCCGGUGCACUCCACCACCGCCCGGCAAAACAGCGCCAGCCCGGCUUCGCCCGCCGCAUCCGGCCAACACCGCUUGGUGCCCCGCAACGGAGAGCCGGGCCAAGCGACUACCACUUCCUCCUCCUCGUCUUCCUCUUCUUCUUCCUCCGGAGCCCACUCUUCCGGGGGAGUAGAGCCGAGCGGCACCCAGAGUGCCCCCGAUUCCUCGGGCGGCGCCAGCAGCGCCCCGCUGUGCUGCACCAUCUGCCACGAGCGCCUGGAGGAUACCCACUUCGUCCAGUGCCCUUCGGUGCCCGGGCACAAGUUCUGCUUCCCGUGUUCCCGGGAUUUCAUCAAAGCCCAAGGAGCCGCCGGUGAGGUGUAUUGCCCCAGCGGGGAGAAGUGCCCCUUGGUGGGCUCCAACGUCCCUUGGGCCUUCAUGCAAGGCGAGAUCGCCACCAUCUUAGCCGGAGACGUCAAAGUAAAAAAGGAGCGCGACCCCUGAAAAAAAAAAAAAAAGAGCGGCGUCCGCCCGCCCACCCAUCCUCCGGGACCGUGUGCUGGGGCUCAGCCCCCUUCCGUCGCCCUCUCCGAUUCCACGGUGGCUGUGACUGGAAUUAGUAACUUAUUCCGCGCCACACGCUGGCACCCUUUGCUUGACACCCACGGUGGACUGGGGCCUUGUAUAUAAAUCUAUUUUUUAAAUAAUAAUAAUUUCCAUAGCAAGCUGAUAUAUGAAGCCACGUCUUAUGUUUAACCUACUUAUGGGGCAAUCAUUUGUGCUGUUCCGUCGGGGCGAAAAGACGCCGCCGGCGAAUCCGGAGAGUUAGAAAAUACGAUUAUUGUUGUCGAGGGCUUUCAUGGCCAGAAUCACUGGGUUGUUGUCGUUUUUUGGGCUAUAUGGCCAUGUUCUA